UCUUAGAUCCAUUAUUAAAAAGACCAAAAAUUGUAAUAUCAAAUAAUCAAAAGUAUUGUUUAUACUAUAACAGAUAUGGCAAGUGUACUAAGUUGCCAAAUUGCCCUUUUAUCCAUGAUAGUACAAAGAUUACUAUAUGUACUAGAUUUUUAAAGGGAAAUUGUAAUAUUGAAAGAUGCUUAUUUUCACAUAGAAUAUCUGCAGAAAAGAUGCCUGUUUGUAAAUAUUUUUUGCAAGGCACUUGCAAUAAAACAUCAUCUGUGUGCAUUUAUUCUCAUGUUAAAGUUAAUCCUGAUGCGAAAAUAUGUUUAUCUUUUGUUAAAGGAAUGUGCAAAUUGGGGGAUAAGUGUUCCAUGAAGCAUGUAUUAGAAUGCUCCGAGUUCAACACCACCGGACAGUGCAAAAACAAAACGUGUUCUUUUAAACAUGCCUUUAAAAGACGAAAAAAUAAUAAAAAUAACGCGCAGUUUAGAACUAAAGGCUCGAAACCAUGGGUGAAACUUUUGGAUAUUAUGAAUCGAAAUCAAACUAUAAUUAUGGACCCGGAUAACUAUAAGACCCGAGCUCAAUCGCUUUCCGAUAGAAUACGUAAACUCAGAAAGGAUCUUUCGGCCCAUACGUCAUCCGAACACACCUCAAACGCGAAAAAUAAUAUUCCCCGUGAUAAGAAAACAUUGGGAGUUCAAAAAUUUCCCCAUUUGCCCUCUAUUAUUAGAUUAGCCGCAGAAAUAGAAAAUGAUUCUACAGAAGAUAAUGCAAUUUUUGAAAAAUAUGAAAAUAUCGACGUAUUUCCUAGUUUUCUAUUCUCGCAGAGUCAAACAUAUUCAGGAACAUAAACAUUAAAGUAAAAUAACGCGAUUUAAUUAUUUAUACAUUUUUUGAAAUAUA